AAUCUGACUCCAGUCAUUACUUAAACGCCUACUCUGCUAAAAUGCCUUUUCACAUCUGGACUCCCCACCAAAUCAAAGAGCCCUUCAGAAGAGGACCUUGUUUUUCUCACAUUUGAUAUUUGAGUGCCUAUUUGUGCAGGUAUUUGUGCCAGGUGCUGAGCAGAGUUAUAAACAAGACAGCGUCUUUGCCAUUACAGAACUUAAACAUAGUAGAGACAGGCAGACGUUAAACAGAAAGCAUACAUAAUUACCUAAUUAUGACAAAAACUACAAAGGGGAAGGCAGAAGGUGUUCCGAGAGUGACUGAGAAAGGAUCUAGCCCAGACUCGGGGAGCCAAGAGGAAGGCUGAGACUCGUCUCAAAACCGAGCUUUGGCCACGUGAGAAGUGGCAGGAAGGAGCCCACUGGCAAGUGUCAGACUCCUGAGCCUGCAGCCCGACACAAGACACGCUGGGGUCUCACUCUCAUGCCUAGACUGGAGUGGAGUGGCAUGAUCUCAGCUCACUGCAACCUCCGCCUCCCAGGCUCAAGCAAUUCUCCUGUCUCAGUCUCGCAAGUAGCUGGGAUUACAGGCACAGGCCACUACUGUGUCCAGAAUUGGUGGGUUCUUGAUCUCACUGACUUCAAAAAUGAAGCCGCGGACCCUCGCAGGUCCUGCUUUGUUGCCCAGGCUGGAGUACCGUGGCAUGAUCACCACCCACUGCAAGCUCCACCUUCCAGGCUCAAGCAAUCCUCCCACCUCAGCCUCCCAAGCAGCUGGGACCACAGGCACACACCACCACAUCCGACAAUUUUUUGUAUUCUGGGUGGACAAAGGGUGUCGCCACGUUGCCCAGGCUGGUCUCCAGCUCCUGGACUCAAGCAAUCCACCCACCUCGGCCUACCAAAGUGCAGGAAUUACAGGCUUGGGCCAUGGCACCUGGCCACAAAGCAUGUAUUUGACAAAAGACUGGUGUCCAGAAUGGACGAAAAAUUUGUACAGAUACUUCACCAAAGAAUAUAUACAGAUGGCAUAUAAUAAGCACAUUACAAAAUGCUAAAUAUUAUUAGUCAGUAUGGAAAUGCAACUUGAAACCACAGUGAGAUACACAGUGAGUUGGUAAGGAUGUGGAGGAACAGGAACUCUCAUGUACGCAUGUUAGGAAUGCAAAAUGAUACAGCCACUCUGAAAAGUAGUGUGGCAGUUUUUUUAAACAUUAAAUGUACAUCUACCAUGAGAGAGGGGGAGAAAAGUAUAUGUCCAUAUAAAGACGUGUGUACAUGAAUGUUCUCAGUUUUAUUUGUAACAGUAAAACCUGGAAUAACCCAAAUGCCCAUGAACUGGUGAUUGGAUAAACAAACUGUGGUAUAUACAUACAAUGGAAUAUUAUUUAGCAACAAAAAUUAACUAUUGAUACACACAGCAAUAGCGAUAAAUCUCAAAAUAAAUGCUUAGUAAAACAACUCUGACAAAAAAAAAAAAGGACAUUCUGUAUGAUUCCAUUCAAAUAAAUAUCUAGAAAACCCAAACUAAUCUCUAGUAACAGCUGACCAGUGGAGGGGGCAUUGGGAGAGAGGCAUUACCAACGGGCAGGAGGAAACUUUUGGGGUUUAGAUGUGUUUAUUAUUUUGAUUGCAGUGAUAGUUCCACAGCUGUAUUCAUUUAACAAACCUUAUCAAAUUAUAUCCUUUAAAUAUUUGCUGUUUAUUUUAUGUCAGUUAUACCUCAGUAAAGCUGUUUUGUUUUGUUUUGUUUUGAGACAGAGUCUCACUUUGUCACCCAGGCUGGAGUGCAGUGGCGCAAUCUUGGCUCACUGCAACCUCCGCCUCCUGGGUUCAUGGGUUCAAGCGAUUCUCCUGACUGGGCCUCCCAAGUAGCUGGGAUUAAGGGCGCGCACCACCAUGCCCAGCUAAUUUUUGUAUUUUUAGUAGAGACAGGGUUUCACCAUGUUGGCCAGGCUGGUCUCCAACUCCUGACCUCAGGUGAUCCACCUGCCUCAACCUCCCAAAGUUUUAAGAUUACAGGCCUAAGCUGCGCCCGGCCAAAAAUAAAGCUGUUUUUUAAGAACUAUCUGCACUCCCCACUUGGGAGGGCUGGACUCAAAUUCCCACAUCUCUUUCCUCUUACGGUUAUAUUAAGGUCUUAGUCAUACAUCCCUAAAUUUCAUAUAUCCCAACAGGGACUUCGGCUGGGACAGGAAGCCCUCUUCCUCCACCUCUACUACCACUUAGCCACCCACCAUUUUCUCAAACCUCUUCCUUUCCCCACCGGACAGCUUGAACCAAGUCACAUGUCUCAUUGGUUUCAAACCAGAAAUGAGGUCCCAACUCCUCAUUUCCCAAGAUACUUCCAUGAACACAGCAAUAUCCUUUCCUACCCUGAUUACCCCGCACCCUCCAUUUCGGGUCCUUCUCACCCUGAUCAGUGAGAAUUGUUCUAGCAAGCAAACCUUAAAUAGACCUCGUACCCUUUCUAGAUUGCAACGUAGAUAAAAAUCCAACUUUCCGUUAAUUCAGGGAUUAAUUACUGAGCAUCACUUAUUUCUUGGGCAGUGGUUCUCAAAAUGUGGUCCCAGGACCAACAGCUUCAGGAUCACCUGAGAACCUGGGCUGCCACAGCCCCCUCCCCCACUACUAAAUCAGCAACUCCGGACUUGCGGGGCAGAAGUCAGUAUUUUAACAAGGCCUCCAGGUGAUUCUGAUGCGCGCUACUCUUCUGGGGGUGUCAAAAACCAGAGAGGACAGGAAGAAAGUUAGAAUUAAAGCAUACCUACGAAUCAGAUAAGCGAUAGGGGGAGGGGUGGUUAUUUAAAAAACGAUAACUAAUUAAGAACUUGUAUGUAGUAAGAAAACCUACCCUGCCCCAGAGAGCUUUCCCGAAAGAUAAUGGAUUCCGACAUUCACCUCAAGAACCGGCAGACAGAGCAGCAAAGGAUCUGUCACUGGCCAAGCAGGUCCCCGGCUAAGGCACUGCUAGCGACAGCUCGCGGCCGUUCGGGGGUUAAUUCUCGGCACCCCCUCCCUCACCCGGUGCCCCACCCCCACCCUGCGCCUGCGCGGUGAAGCGCCAUAGAGCUGAGCACUCCUCCCAGAUUCCUAGAGCGGACAGGGCGAUGGCGGGUUCGCCGGGUGUGAAGCUUCACAGCGGUCCGGUGACCAAGUCGAGGAUUUUUCUGGUGGUCUAGUCUCAGAGAUUACAUCUGUAGUCAGCACAAUGAUUCCCUUCCAAGCCCAGUGGUGCCCCGUUGCCUCCAGGUCCCAGACCUUUAUGUGGACAAGAAAAGCUUACAGAGGAAAUGGUAAUUCUCCACUUGCACCCUGAGGUGUCCAGUUGCAGCCCAUGGAGAUCCAAUUCAAUUAUGAAUCUCAGGAACACCACCUUCUGUCAGAUGGUGAGAACAAGACCAAGAUUGGAAAGCCAGCUUCAGAGGAGGGAAUUACAGCAAAAAUUGAACCAUUGACAGAAGAGUCUAGCAGUCUCAGAGAGAAUGUUCUCCAGGAUUCUGAAGGCAGAGAAUUCUGUGAAUUUGGGGAUAAAUUAAAUGAAAAAGAUCAGAACGUCUUUAAAAGGAGACCUCAUAACUGUGAUGAAUAUGGGCAAAGCUUUGUUUGGAAUACAGGCCUUUUUAGGCAUCGAAAAACCCACUGUGAGAAACCUUAUGAAUGUGAUAAGUGUGGAAAGGCCUUUAGUGUGAGCUCAGCCCUGGUUCUGCAUCAGAGAAUUCACACUGGGGAGAAACCUUAUUCCUGUAAUUGGUGUAUUAAAAGUUUCAGUCGGAGCUCAGACCUUAUUAAACACCAAAGAGUCCACACUGGUGAAAAACCUUAUAAAUGUGAUGAGUGUGGGAAAGCCUUCAGUCAGAGCUCAGAUCUUAUUAUACAUCAGAGAAUCCAUACAGGAGAAAAACCCUAUCAAUGCAGUCAUUGUAGUAAAAGUUUUAGCCAGCGCUCAGAUCUGGUUAAACAUCAGAGAAUCCAUACUGGAGAGAAGCCUUAUACUUGUAACCAGUGUAACAAACAUUUUAGUCAGAGUUCUGAUGUGAUAAAACAUCAAAGAAUCCACACUGGGGAGAAACCAUAUAAAUGUGAUGUGUGUGCGAAAGCCUUCAGUCAGAGCUCAGAUCUUAUUCUGCAUCAGAGAAUUCACAGUGGGGAGAAACCAUAUCCAUGUAAUCAGUGUAGCAAAAGUUUCAGUCAGAAUUCAGACCUUAUUAAACAUCGAAGGAUCCACACUGGAGAGAAACCCUAUAAAUGUAAUGAAUGUGGGAAAGCUUUUAAUCAGAGCUCAGUCCUUAUUUUACAUCAGAGGAUUCAUACUGGAGAGAAACCCUAUCCCUGUGAUCAAUGUAGCAAAACCUUCAGUAGGCUUUCAGAUCUUAUUAAUCAUCAACGAAUUCACACUGGAGAGAAGCCUUACCCAUGUAAUCAGUGCAAUAAAAUGUUUAGUCGAAGAUCAGAUCUUGUUAAACAUCACAGAAUUCAUACAGGUGAGAAACCCUAUGAAUGUGAUGAAUGUGGGAAAACCUUUAGUCAGAGCUCCAACCUUAUUCUUCAUCAGAGAAUCCACACUGGAGAGAAACCUUAUCCAUGUAGUGAUUGUACUAAAAGCUUUAGUCGCCGUUCAGAUCUUGUUAAGCAUCAAAGAAUACACACUGGAGAGAAACCAUAUGCAUGUAAUCAGUGUGAUAAAAGUUUUAGUCAAAGCUCAGACCUCACUAAACAUCAGAGAGUACACUCUGGUGAAAAGCCUUAUCAUUGCAAUAGUUGUGAGAAAGCCUUCAGUCAGAGUUCUGACCUUAUUCUUCAUCAGAGAAUUCACACUGGAGAAAAACCAUAUCUAUGCACACAGUGCAGCAAAAGUUUCAGUCAGAACUCAGACCUCAUUAAACACCAGAGAAUCCACACUGGGGAAAAACCAUAUAAAUGUAGUGAGUGCAGGAAGGCUUUCAGUCAGUGCUCAGCUCUUACCCUACACCAGAGAAUCCACACUGGGGAGAAACCAAAUCCAUGUGAUGAGUGUGGCAAAAGCUUUAGUCGGCAUUCUGAUCUCAUUAACCAUCAAAAAAUACACACUGGUGAAAAGCCGUAUAAGUGUGAUGCAUGUGGGAAAGCCUUUAGCACAUGCACAGAUCUUAUUGAACACCAGAAAAUCCAUGCUGGGGAGAAACCCUACCGUUGUGUUCAAUGCAGCAGAAGUUUUAGCCAACUCUCAGAACUUACUAUUCAUGAGGAAGUCCAUUGUGGAGAAGACAGUCAAAAUGUGAUGAAUGUGAGAAAACCUUUAGUGUAUACAUCAACUCUAUUCAGUACCAGAGACACUGUACCAGGAAAAAAUCUAAUGAAUGCUGUUGAUUAUUGAUGAGUAUGAAAAAGGUUUUAAUCAGUGUUCAACUCUUAUGCUACAUUUAAACCACACUGGAUCCGGAUACGUGUGGUGACUCACGCCUGUAAUCCCAACACUUUGGGAGGCAGAUGUGGAAGCAUCAUUUGAGCCCAGGAGUUUGAGGCUGCAGUGAGCUAUGAUUCCACCAUUGUGCUCCAGUCUGGGCAACAGAGCAAGACCCUGUCUAUUAAAAAAAAAAACAAAAAAACACCAGUACCACACGGGAGAAAACAUUAAUUCAGUUUUUGUAAUGAAAGGUUAACUCAGAGCUCAGACAUUACUAAAAUUAAGAAAAAUUCUCCAGCCUGGCCAACAUGGUGAAACCCUGUCUCUACCAAAAAAUAAAAAAUAAUUAGCUGGGCAUGGUGGCAGGCGCCUGUAGUCCCAGUUAUUCGGGAGGCUGAGGCAUGAGAAUCACUUGAACCUGGGAGUUGGGGGUUGCAGUGAGCCGAGAUCUGCCAUUGCAUUCCAGCCUGGGCAACAGAGUGAGACUCUGUCUCAAAAAAAAAAAAAAGAAGAAAAACAAAAAUUCUGAGGAAGAGUCCUGUGAGUUGUGGGAAAACCUUCAAUGUGAAAAACAUUUUUACUGAAUGUCAGUAUACCACAAUAGAAACAAAUUUCUAUCUAUAAUGUUGGAAAAGCUCUAGUCUUAUUCAGACAUAACCUACAGGAAGAGAGUUGUAUUAUUGUAAGAAAUCUAAUGCAGAACUUAUCAGAUAUUGUAAAAAUCAGUGUGGGAGGUAUUCAGUCAAAAGUCAGAAGGAAAUGUAUUAUUGUUAUAAUCUCAAACCUUUAGAGAGCCUAAAUUACCAAUUGCAUAUCAAAUUUUUUUCGAUAAUGUAAGGAAAACUUAAAUCCCCUCCAUAUCCUAAUUGGCUUUUAUAAUAAUAUGACAGUUAACCCUGAGAGCUAGAGUCUUACUUUAUGCUAAUGCUAGAUUAUCUAUUUUUGAAUUCCAUGUGUGUAAACAUGCUAUACUAUUCUGAUAUUAAACUUACUAAGUACAUAAUUCCAGUGGCCCCUUUUCUCAGAAGUUUUUUUUGUUUUUAGUUUUAGGGGGUAUAGUUUUGGUUUUCCUAGUGCACAUUAGUUUGUGCAAGUUUUUGUAAUGUUCACAGCAAAUACAGAUGUAUUUUACUUUGAAUAAUGCAGCCCAUAAACUUUAUUGGUUUGAAAGUUCUUCACUACCAUUUAAUCACAGCUUCUAAACAUGUGAAACAGGAUCUUUAAAAAAAUUUUCCAUGUGUCAAAGUGUAGAGAUGUUUCUAGCAGCAUUUGUCUUGUCAUCUAUAGAUUGAACAAAAAGUGGUAGCUGUGAAAUUGUGAUUUAUAAUAAAUAUAUAUUUGGUCUUCAUCCCCUGGUACAGAGCUCCUAAGACCCUUGAAAUUUCCUGAGUGGACAGGCCCCUUUAUCCACACCUGAGUUUAUGUUAAUGGGAUUACUUUUUGAAAGACAGAACUACAGGAUGGGGGCUAGUUGCCACGAGAACCAACCAUGUGAUUAGAGGGUUGGAACUUUCAGAUCAACCCCACCCUGCCUUGACCUCUGGGAGGAGAGAGGCUGGAGACUGAAUUCAGUCACUAGUGGCCAGUGAUUUAAUCAUUCAUGCCUACGUGAUGUAGCCUUCAUAAAAAACUAAAGGACAGGAUUCAGAGAGCUUCCAGGUUGAACUUGAGGUACUAGGAGUGUGGUGUACCUAGGGAGGGCAUGGAAGCUCAGUGUUCUUCCCACACACCUUGCCUUAUGCAUCUCUUUCAUCUGGCUGAUCAUUAGUUGUGUUCUUUUACAAGAAUCUAGUAAAUAAACUUUUCCUACAUUCUAUGAGCCAUUCUAGCUAAUGGUGAAACUCAAAAGAGGGGAUUGUAGGAACCUUGGAUUUAUAGCCAGUUGGUCAGAAGCACCAGUGAAAACAUGGACAUGAGAUUGGUGUCUGAAGUGCAGGUUGGUGUCCAAAACUGACACAAUUGGUGUCAGUUGUAGAACUGAGCCCUUAACCUGAAGCAUCUAUGCUGAUCUGAUUGCAGGUAGAUAGCUUCAAAAUUUAAUUACAGGGCACUUAGUGGGUGUAAAAUUGGAGAAAAUUGGAGAAUUGUUUGCUGUGGGGAAACAUACACAUCUGGUGUCAGAAAUGUGAGUAUAGAGAAGACAAUAAAUUUUUCCUAUACAGUAGCUAAAGUACCUACAUGAUUAAUUUGUAUAGUAUAUUCUGUGUAAAAAUAAAAAGGCUUUCUGAUAUUUUUUUCAAGUGGCAACAUUUAUCAGACUUUUUUGAUUUCUGACAUACAUACUGAAAACAGGCAACAUACAUGCAAAGUUUUCCACUGAAAAAUAGAAAUAGUUUGAAAAAAUAAAUUCAAAUUGUCUUUCUGGUAUUAACAAUUUGAUAAGUUCUGCUACUAAAUAAUAGUACUUCAAAGUUGUUUACUUUGAUUAUCCCCCAUAAUUGUCCAACUAAUAUUUUAAUUUAGCAGACAUUGUUAAAUUCUGUUCCUUAGGAGUGUGAUGCUAAGGCAAGGCCUUUUGGGAGGUUUUGUAGUACAUUAAAAGAAUAUACUGUCUCUUCCAAUGAAGUGUAUAUCGUAUAGUGAUAGAGACUAAUAUGUACAGAAAACACAUGGCUCAGUGUAAUCAUAAAGGUAGGACAUGCUUGUAAGAACUCAGAGGAGUCAGGGUUCAAUUCUGACUAGAAAGAAAAGGGAGAGCUUUGUGGAACUCCUGAAGUUUGAGCCUUGAAGGAUGGGAAUAGAGGCAUAAAGGCAGAGAGGGAAUCAACAAAGGCACAAAAGUAAGGAAGUGCAAGAAAUGUGGAGCAUGGUGGUUAUUUAUUCAAUAAAUAUUCAGUGUCAGGCAUUGUACUGGUUCCUGUUGAAGAUGGGCGAGGGAAGGGCCCCUGCCCUCAAGCUCACAAACAGUUACGAUGCAUUAUGAAAAUGCUUAUUGAAACAUACAUUUCAAAGGGUAAGAAUAAUGUGGAAAUGAAAAUCAAGUGGGAAAAAAAGGGAGUGUGAUGCUAAACAAGCAGGCACUUUAAUUUUCUGGGCUGUAGCUAAUUAUCUCUAAAACAAAAGUACUUGGUGUGGUUAGACUAGAUUUUAUGUUUCUGCAUUUUAUUCUCAAAGUAAUGAAAAGCCAUUAAGGUCCUUGAAUGAUCUUCCUGCUUUAAAAACAGUUUCAGAUUAAAAAGGGGAGAGAAACAACAGAAAGGAAACCCAUUUUUAAAGUCUAGAAAUAAAAUCACGAGGUCCAGAAGUAGAGGAGCUAGAAGGCAUUGACAUGUUGAUAGGUUGAGAAGUGGGUAAGAGAAAGGUAAAAGUUAUUAUCUGUUCUUUGGAGAAUUUAAAAAGCAAAGAAGAAAAAACAGGGUGGUCUCCAAAUCUAUUUCUGAAGUUUAGCUAUCUCUCCUGAGAAUACAUUUUGAGAGCUUACUACCCAUUUCUCUAUUCAGUGUCCUAGGGGUAAACUGAAAUUCAUGAACUUAACACACACACACACACACACACACACACACCCAUGAUUUCUUCCUCCUGAAUUCCCUAUCUUUAUGAAUUACACUACUAAACACCUUGUCAUCCACAUAAAAUAACUGGUAAUCAACCUACACUCCUGACCUCCAGUUUUCCAAAUCUGGUUGCUUACUAGGUCUUAGAAGUGAGUUGCAAAAUUGCAAAAUUCGAACAACUGUCAAGAAUAUAGAGUGGAAGGGAAAUACAGAGAAUUGGGCCUGACACUUUAUGCCAGUUGAUUCUUCCAGGCAUUUGCUGAUUCUUGAACUGACAGAGCAAAGGGCCAAGAAAUCUAUUCAAAGAAUGCUGGAAGGUUAAAUGAAACUCAGCUGACUCAUGCUAGGGAAUAAAAAUUAGAGUAUAAAUUGCGCCAAGUAGGUGGUGUCCUUGUAAACACCCCACAUUCUCAAUGUAAACAUUAUAUGGCUACACCCAAGAGGACAAAACCUGACCAAGUCUUAAAAAGACUGAAUGCAAUGUCAAGUAAGGUCAUCCUUUUAGUGAACUAAGUUAUCUUGCCUUAAUCUGGCUGCCAGCUAGAAAAGAGGAAAGGGUGAAUCCUCUCUGGAGGAUGGCUAUCCAGAUUCUACAAUUUUUCAUGCACAGUAUGUUCAAUCAAAAAUUGCCAAAACUAUUAGAAUCAGAAACAUCAAUAUGAAUUCAUACAUAAAUUUUAUGCACACACAGAUGGAUUACGCAGAAACAAUUAUAGAACAUACCUCUAUACAUAUGUCAGUAGGCAUACAUACACUACCUAGCUCUUUGAGAGGAUCUAGAAGAAAUGACACCCGAGCAUCAAUGAGCAUAACUAGACCUUGGUUUCUAAAUAUCAUUCUCCAAAUAAAAGGAACCAGGGCUCCUUUGAGAAAUGACUGGUUGUAGGGCUAGGGCAGGGAAAACUCAAGAUGAACCUAGAGCAUCUUGUAGUACAGAAAGUAGGUAAGAGUUCAAAAAACAAAAGGAUAGGGGCAUGUCAAAGGAACAUAGGAGACAAACUGAAGGAGUUCCCAAGGCCAAAUAAGCAUACAUGCAUCCAUACUGAUACAUAGGUAUGGGAGAAGAGACAACUCUUCCAUAUGGAAAAAUUCCAAAUUACAUAUUUAGAUUCUCUCCUCCUCCAGAGGAAGCUGGAACUGUUGACCUACUUCCAAAGAAUAGAGUAUGGAAAAAGAAAAACUAACUACAGUGGAGAAAUCUGACAAAAACUAUCAUAAGGCACGGCUUGUCAACCUUAGCACUGUUGACAUUUUGGGGCACAUAAUUUUUUGCUGUGAGGGGCUGUCUUGUGGACUUAUUGGACAUUUGAUACUAUCCCUGCCCUCUAUCCACUAGAUACCAGUGGCAACCCUCCCCCAGUUAUGACAGUCAGCCAAAAAUGUCUCCAGCCACUGCCAAAUGUCCCCUGAUGGGCUUCUCACCUGCCUAAGAUGCACCACCUAAAGGGUAACAUCACCAGUGAGUGAUGUUCUGUGAAUAUUAUGUACCACUUGGUAUGAUGUUACAAGAAAGUCACUUCAAAUUGUAUUCUUUUUAAAAACCUAUAAUCCCCAAAUUAACUAAAAUCAGAAAUAAAAGAGGGCAUGUUACUGCUGUAAUUUCAGAAAUAAAAAGGAUUAGAAGAAACUGCUAGGAAUAAUUGUACACCACAAAUUGGAUAACCUAGAUGAAAUAGACAAGAUCCUAGAAACACACAGCCUACCAAUGAAUUGUGAAAAAGUAGAAAAUCUGAAUAGAACUAUGGCUAGUAAGAUUAAAUCAGUAAUCAAAUACCUCCCAAAAAAAUAACCCAGGACCAGGUGGCUUCACUGGUGAAUUCUAUCAAAGAAGUAACACUGGCUGGGCGCGGUGGCUCACACCUAUAAUCCCAGCACUUGGGGAGGCCGAGGCGGGCGGAUCACAAGGUCAGGAGAUCAAGACCAUCCUGGCUAACACGGUGAAACCCCGUCUCUACUAAAAAUACAAAAAAAAAAAAAAAAAUUAGCCAGGCGUGGCAGCGUGCGCCUGUAGUCCCAGCUACUCGGCAGGCUGAGGCAGGAGAAUGGCGUGAACCCGGGAGGCGGAGCUUGCAGUGAGCCGAGAUGGCGCCACUGCACUCCAGCCUGGGCGACAGAGUGAGACUGUCUCCAAAAAAAAAAAAAGAAGUAACACCAACUUUUUAUUAAAUUCCUACAAAAUAUUACAAAGAAAGGAACAAUUCCAAAUUCAUUUUAUGAAGCCGGCAUUAAUCUGACACCACGCCAAAGACACUACAAGAAAGCUACAGACCAAUUUCCCCUAUAAAUAAUCCUCAACAAAAUUCUAGAAAACACGAUCCAACAAUGCUUAAAAUAAUUAUACACCAUGUCCAGGUAAGAUUUAUUUUUGAAAUUCAGAAUGAUUCAACAUACAAAAAUCAGUCAAUGUAAUACAUCACAGUAACAGAAUGAAGGAAAAAAGUGUGAUUAACUCGACUGAUGCAAAAAAGCUGACAAAAUUCAAUGCUUUUAUGAUACACUCAACAAACAAGGAAUAUAAGGAAACUACCUCAGUAUAAUAAAGGCCAUAUUUAAAAAAAAAAAAACCUACAGUGAGCAUCAUAAUGGUGAAAGACUGAAAGCUUUUUCUCUAAGAAAAACAAUAUGCCUGCUUUCACCACUUCAGCAUAAUACUGGAAGUCCUAGGCAGAUCAGUUUGGCAAAUAAAAUAAAUAAAAGGCAUCCAAAUUGGAAAGGAGGAAGUAAAAUUAUCUCUAUUUGCAGAUGACAUAGUCUUAUAUGCAAAAAACCCUUAAGAUCACACACACACACACACACACACACACGAAUAAGUGAAUUCAGCCAAGUUGCAGGAUACAAAAUCAACACCCAAAAAUCAGUUACAUUUCUAUAUACUGACAAUCUACAAUCUGAAAAGGAAAUGAAGAAAACAAUUUCAUUUACAAUACCAUCAAAAAGACUAAAAUACUUAGCAAUAAACUUAACCAAGUAAGUGAAUGACUUGUUCCCUGAAAACUAUGAAACAUUGCUGGAAAACGUGAAAGAAGUCACAUAUAAUUGGGAAGAUACCCUAUGUUCAUUCUACCCAAAGAAAUCUACAGAUUCAAUGCAAUCCCUAUUAAAAUUCCAAUGACAAGUUUUGCAUUAAUAGAAAAACUAAUUCUAAAACUCAUAUGGAAUGUAAAGGGAUCUCAAUUAGCCGGAACAAUCUUGAGAAGCAAUAAAGUUGGAGGUCUCACACUGCUGAUUUCAAAACUUACUAUAGCCAGGCAUGGUGAUGCGUACCUAUAGUCCAAGCUACUCAGGAGGCUGAGGUAGGAGGAUCCCUUGAGCCUGGGAGUUUGAGAACAGCCUGGUCAACAGAGUGAGACCCAGUCUUUGAAAAAAAAAAAAAAACUUAAUACAAAGCCACAGUAAUCAAAAUAGUGUGGUACUGGCAUAAAGACAGACACUUGAGGAAGACAAGAAACUUUUAAUCUGAGGAAUGUGAACUUCCUUUAAAUUAUCAGGCCCAAAUAGACAUUGAAAUGUGACAGUAGUCACCUUUUACUCCAUGCUUGAGCUAACUAUUUCUAAUCUACCUGCUAUAGGGACUCUAGACUGUCACCACCAAGUAGCCAUAAACCUAACAAUGCCUUACGGUGGACACCAUAGCUCAUACCCUGUAGUUCAACAAUGUAUAGCUAAUCACUAAUCAGUGUUAUUUCUGUAAACCAAUGACAAUUCCUGAAACUUUUGUAAAUUGCUUUCUCUUUUGAUUCAUCCUUUUCUUUUUUCUUUAAAAGACUCAAGACUCUCCUUUGCUCUCUGAAGCACUUCCCAGUGGUUCCCAAAUUCCAGUCCUCAACCUUGGCCAAAAUAUACUCUCUACAUUAAUUUUGCCUCAUUUUCUUCCUUCAGGUCAAUACACAUAGACCAAUGAAAUAUAAUAGAGAGCCUAGAAAUAAACCCUCCCAUAUAUAAUGAAAUGAUUUUUGACAAGGGUGUCAAGACCAUCCAAUGAGGAAAGGACUAUUUUCUCAACAAAUAGAAUUGGGAAAACUGCAUAUUCACAUGCAAAAGAAUGAAGUUGGACCCUUACACUGUACCAUAUACAAAAUUUAACAACAACAAAAAAAGAUCAAAGACCUAAACAUGAGAGCUAAAAAUAUAAAGCUCUUACAAGAAAAUGGGAAAACCUUCAUGACAUUGGAUUUGUCAAUGAUUUUAUUGGAUAUAACAGUAAAAGCACAGGCAACAACAAAACCCGAUUUUAAAAUGGGCAAAUUGCUUGAAUAGAUAUUCCUCCAAAGAAGAUAUAUAAAUGGUCAAUAAUCACAUGACAAGAUGCUCAACAUCAUUAAUCAUUAGGAAAAUACAAAUCAAAACCAUGAUGAAGGCCGGGUGCGGUGGCUCACGCCUGUAAUUCCAGCACUUUGGGAGGCCAAGGUGGGUGGAUCACGAGAUCAGGAGAUUGAGACCAUCCUGGCUAACACAAUGAAACCCUGGCUCUACUAAAAAUACAAAAAAAUUAGCCGGGCGUGGUGGCACGUGCCUAUAGACCCAGCUAUUUGGGAGGCUGAGGCAGGAGAAUCACUUGAACCUGGGAGGUGGAGGUUGCAGUGGGCCGAAAUCGCGCCACUGCACUCCAGCUUGGGUGACACAGCGAGACUCCAUCUCAAAAAUAAGUAAAUAAAUAAUAAAAAGCCAUGAUGAGAUACCACUUCAAAUCCAUUAGGCUGGGUAUUUUCCAAAGAAACAAACAAAAUCAGAACUUGUUAGCAAGUAUGUGGAGACAUGGAACCCUUGGGCAUUGCUGAUGGGAAUGUUGGUGGCUCCUGAAAAACUUAAAAAUAGAAUUGUCAUAUGAUCCAGCAAUUCUACUUCUUGAUAUAUACCCAAAAGAAGUAAAAUCAGGGACUCAAGCAGAUAUUGUACAUCAAUGUGCAUGGUGAUUACUACUCAUAAUAGCCAAAAAUUAAGGAAAAACAUCCUGUCCUGAAAAACAAUUUUAGGAAGAAAUGAAGAGGCAUGGAAAGAGUAAAUCUGAAGGUAAAUGUAAAUGAAUAUUGACUCCAAGAUAAUAAUCCCUAAAAUCAGGACAUUCUCAAGGAUGUAGUAAAAGUACCAAUUUAUAAUGGAUUCCAAUAAAAACCAAGAAGGCAUGUUAUAAUCUCUAGGGUAAAACAGGAGUUAUCUAGCAACUUAAUAGAAGGUAAAAUGCAUUAAUUAAAAGUAUUGAUUAAAAGAACGCAACAAAAAUAGAAAAAAACAUAGAACAGGAAAGACAAAUAUAAACAAAUAGAAACACAGUAGAUAUAAACCCAAAUACAUCCGUAAUUAUAUUACAUGUAAGUGAACUAAAUGACAAAUAUUCUUCACUAGAAACUUUUUAAAAACAUUAAUUAUAUGCCACUUACACAGGACACACAAUAACUAUAAGGACUCAGGAAAUUUAACAUUAAGAGUAUGGAAAAAGAUACAGUAUUCAAACACUGAAGAGUAAAUAGCUAUUUAGUAUUUAGUAUAUUUAGAUAUUAGUAAAUAGCUUUACUAUUUACUAAUUACUAUUUACUAAAACUAUUUAGAUAUUAGUAAAUAGCUUUACUAAUAUCAGACAAGAAGUAGACCUUAAGGCAAAAAUAUUACUAGAGAUAAAGUAGAACAUUCUAUUGAUUAAAGAGUCAAUUUGGCAAAAAUAUAAAUAUUCUUAAAGUAUAUACAUCUAAUAAUGAGACAGAGUAGGGAUGGGACUCAGCCUACCCCCACCAAUGUAUUUUUUCAUAACAUACUUGCUGACUGGAGGUUAGCGAGCUCUCUGAAAAAAACUAAGAUAAGCAGCAUCCCACCAUAAAUCUCACUCAAAGGAGUUAACCCUGUUGCCCUGAUGUGCACAAGACCAGAAGAAUGAUCUUUAACACAUGCUUCAUUAUAAUACUAAAUGUCUCACAUAUCUGCCAUUUUGUUUCGUUGAGGUGUUUUUGUUGUUUUUAGGAGGGAGUGUUGUUUGUUUGUUUUGAGACAGGAUGUCACUCAGUCACCCAGGCUAGAGGGCAGUGACAUGAUCACAGCUCAUUGCAGCCUUGACCUUCUGGGCUCGAGUGAUCCUUCCACCUUAGCCUCCCAAGUAGCUGGGACUACAGGCACACACCAUCAUGCCCUGCCUAAUUUUUUUAUUUUUGUAGAGACCGGGUCUCACCAUGUUGCCCAGGCUGGUCUCAAACUCCUGGGCUUAAGUGAUCCUCCCAUCUCACCCUCCCAAACUGCUGGGAUUACAGGUGUGAGCCACCGCACUCAGCUUAUCUGCCAUUUUGAUCAUGUGACAUGUAUGUUACCAUGAUUCCUUACUGCAUCUGCCCACUCUGCAUUCCAUCCUGCACAUGUAGUAAUGCUCACCUACCUCAUGAAUUAUGCAUGUCAUCCUCGUUAAGACACCGUGAUGCAGUCUCCUCAGGGAGUCAGCCAGAGAACCCUUUUUCCUAUGCUGUUUCCCUUAUGCCCAACAUUGGGCAUAAGUCUUAAUAAAACCUAAUCUCAGAAAAGUUUGUCUGGCCUCAUAUUAAUUUCUAUUACAUUGAGAGCUGACAAUGUCAUAGCAAUAACAUAUUUCUUGGCAACCAUGAAGGGAUUGUGAGGAUUUUUGUCCCUAUUCGGGGGAGUUGAGAGCUAGCAGGCCUGGUUGAUGUGACCCUUUUUGCAGCUAAUGAGGAGGUACCUGAACCUUUGAUUCAGUGUCACCACAAAUGGUAAGUCUUCCUCUGGCCUCACGGGGCUCCUUGCUCAC